AUGUCUGCGCCAAAGAAGAUCAAGAUCGAGGAAGAGAAAACCAGUGUCUCAGGUUAUGUACAAAAUGUUUCGCCCAUUCGUACGAGCAGAACAAACUCUCGGUACUUCAAUGCAAUCUUUCAAACUGAGAGAAAUGAAUUUAACAGGGCUGCCUGCUUUGAUGUGGCUAAACAUUCUGUCCUCAUGGAUGCGUCCCAAGCUCACACUCCACUAAAAUUACUCGAUGUACAGCUGGUACCUAGUCGAAUUGAUGCAUCAAAGUCGGAAGUUCUUCUCAACCACAAAACAAAAAUCGAAGUAUGCAGAACUCUGAACUUCAACUUCAAACAAUCGCCAAAUGAUGACGACAAAGAUGGAGAGAAAGUCAAAAGCCUAGCUGAGGUUCAAGCUACUCCAGAGCACAACAAGGUUGCAGUAGAGGUCAAAGUAUUGUCGGCUACCCCAGUCACAGUCCAAAUAGUUAGGGAAUCACCUAUUAAAAGACAAGAACUUAUAAUAAGUGAUGCAUCUGCCGCCAUGAAAAUCACAGUAUGGGAAGAUCUGGUUUCGAAACUUGAAGUUAACAAAUGUUACAGAAUUGAACAUUUAUCUACCCGACUUUUCAUGAACACCAAAAGUGUAACAUCAACAAAACAAACAACUGCAACAUUGAUUGGUGACAUAACAAACUGUGUUGCACCAACAUUAGACUCAGACAUUAUAACCAAAGAAGGCAAAAUCACUCAGGCAGGGCUUCAACUUUUUCACACCUGUGAAAAUUGCAAGUCAAAAGUGGAUGUCACUGUUGACAAGUCAUUGUAUGUAAGAUGUAAUUCUUGCAAAUUGAAAAUGUCAAAAGAAUCUUUGCACAAAUCCAUUACUGGCACAAUUUGUUUCUCAUCUGGGUAUGAAAAGUAUAAACUUACCAUUUUUUCAUCAGUACUGUUUACAUUGGCGUCAAUCAAUAAUGUAGAAAUGGAAGAUGCUGACUCUGUUGAGGAGUACUUACUGUCAAACUCUUUUAAAGUUUCAUUCUCAAAGGAUAACAAGACUGUCGUAGACAUAAAAUUGUCUGUUGAAAAUGUUGCAUAA